AUGGGGUCGAAGGUGAGCAAGGGAGGCGAAGGGAGCAAACGGACCAAACAGAGCCCAGACGACCCGCCUCGGGUGGUGGUCGUGGCUCGGUUCGACAGGGAGGCCGCCGCAGUUGCGGCUGAACGUGUGCGGCAGUCCAUCUUCUCGAAGGGGGCGGCAGAACACGACGCAAGCGGCGCGACGACGAACGGUUUGCUCAGCCAACUGCCGGCCGAGCUGCAGCGCGCCAUCUUCGAGAGGCUCGAUGCCCCCGCCCUCCUGGCCCUUGCCCAGACCAGUUGCACCCUCUACGCGACCAUCACCUCCCUCCCCACCCUUUAUGCUGCCCUUCUCUCGCGGCUCCACUACGAACCCGCGAGUGGACAGGUGGACGAGCUGCGCAGGCAGCUGGCGGGAGCGCUGUUGGCGCGAGCCGCCACGAACGCAGGCCGGCUGCCGUGGCAGCGCACCGAGGCGGUGCGCACCGACAGCGCCCAGGUCCAGUGCUUCGUCACCGCGCGAGCGUUCCCACUGCCAACCGAGGGCCUGCUUCGCUUCGUGCCCGCGGAGGAGCUCAGCGGUGUGGUGGCGGAAGCGCUGACCACGGUGACAUUCGGGCCGGACUACAACAAGCUGCUGGCGGACCCGGCCUUCCCGGCGACGCCGAGCGCUUAUCAGCCGGAAGACGACGCCUGGCACCACUCCUACUUCACCACGCCGCCGCCCCUCCACCUGCGGCUCCAGCUCAUCGCCGACCACCAAGCCUACGCAACACUCGCCCAAUCGGUGGACAGUAUUGUGGAGAAACAAAUCGACUUGACGGUGAUCAAGGCGCACCCGUGCAAGCCACCGCCGGUGGGCCGCACGCUCAACGCACUCGCCGAUCUGGUGGACGAACACCACCAGCUGCUGAUGUGGAAGGACGGCAGCUACGUGUCCGACGGGCACACGGGCCACCGACUGCUGGUGAUGGGACGGCGGCUGGCGUGCGUCGUGCAGCUCGACUAUUACUCGAAUUUCUGUGGCGGACCGUUUGAGAUGUGCGACUGUGGCCGCGGCUGA